UUCAAACUCAAUCGAUUGAUAGGAUUCUCUUAUUUAUAUUUACAUUUUUAAGGCAUUUAUAAUGUUAAAAGGAAGUCGGAAAUCCAAAUUAACAGAAAUAAAGCUAAAUGAAGAAGAACUUCGAAAACAAGCGAGAAAUAUUCUUCGUAAAAAGCAAGCCAAUCAAAAAAGGGUGACACAUCUAUUUUUGCAUGAGAAAGGCCUGACGGAAAUACCCAAGCCAAAAAAUCCAACGCAUAUUGUAUAUGCUUACUAUCACAGCAACCAGAUAACGUUGAUUGAAAACCUAGAUCUUCUAUACAACUUAACUCAUUUACAUCUUCAAUGGAACCAAAUAAACAAGAUCCAAGGUCUGGAAAAACUUCACAAGUUGAAGAAGCUAUAUUUGAGCCAUAACAGGAUUAGUGUGGUGGAGAAUUUAGAAACUCUGAAGUAUUUGGAGGAACUUCACAUAGAGAAGCAAGAUACCAACAACCCGGACGGGUUGUGCUUUGAUCCCAGAACUAUGAUAGCAAUUGGGUCAUCGCUGCGAAUUUUGAAUGUAUCAGAGAACAAGCUCACAGAUGUUGCAUGGGCUAAACCACUCCGCCGAUUGGAAGUGUUAAUAGCUAAAAAGAAUAACCUAAAUGAUUUUUCCGACGUCGCGGAUGGCCUUUGCACAUUGAUAUCACUAGUGGAUGUGAAUUUCUUAGGCAACCCAAUGACCAAAAAACAUCGAUACAAGGAAACAAUUAUAGCAAGAUGUUCGCAAUUGCGAGUCUUAGAUACUGUGGUUUUGCAUACUGCAUCCAAAACUUUCCUCCGAAGUUUUGAUAAAGCCUUGCGACUACGCCAAAUGCACGAAAAGAAUAAAAUCAGUAUGACACAACAAGGCGCAGAUGAAUUCCUCGAACUAAAUAUGUUGCCGGGACCACGAGCUCAUAGCGCCAUCACUAUUGCCGAGACGGAGACGAACCGAAAAUCGAAUGUGACCGUUGUCGACGCUACCAACAACUUCAUGCCACGCAAUUUUUGGAACAGAACAUUACCAUCUCCCAACGAAAUUAUAGCUCCUCCGAAUAAAAAGGUGACAGUAGCCGUCACCCCCAAUGGUCUCGCUGACGGCAUCACCACCAAUGAUGAGGGGAAGGAAUAUUUUGUCAUGCCAUUUGAAGUGGAGAUGACAAUGACAGGGUUCUUAGAUUGCUUAGAACAGAAAAGAGAAAACUAUAUACCAUACAUACAGAAACAAAAUUCCAAUCUAACGGAAGAUUUCAAAGAACUAUUAUGUGACAUACAAUCAGAAAUACCCUUUGCCAGCGAGGCAUUCAACAAGUCACCGGACGCUGUCAACUUUUGGAUGGGAGAUGACAGGGCUGUGACAUCAAUGCACAAAGACCCGUACGAGAACAUAUACUGCGUGAUAGACGGUUUCAAGGAGUUCAUCCUCAUACCCCCCACGGAUCUGCCCCUAGUGCCCUACCACCGCUACCCUAGGGCCGAGUUCCAGUACAGUGAGGGUUGGGAGAUUGUGCCGGUCAAAGAUGAAGAUGAAACUGGGUUGCCGUGGAUUUGUGUAGAUCCCAAGCAGCCGGAUUACACGAAAUACCCUCAAUUCAAGAAGGCCCACAAAUACAGCGUGAGUCUAGAGAAAGGCGACUGCCUCUACCUACCCAGCCUUUGGUUCCACCACGUCACGCAGAGUCACGGGUGCAUAGCUGUCAACUAUUGGUACGAUAUGGACUUCGAUAUCAAGUAUUGUUAUUUUAAGAUGCUGGAGAAGAUGUGUAAGUUUUAAUUUGUU